AUGAACAGCUGCAGCCUGGGCGUCAAUGCCUUCCGGUCCAGCGUCCAGGCCGCCGCGCACCACCUGACGAGACCGUGUUCCCGAUUGUUGCCGGCCGCCCCUCUCUCGAGUCGCUGCUUUUCGUCCUGGCCGGCUCCCCAGAAACAGCAACGACAACAACCGCAGCGAGGAGGUCAUGGCCGCAACGCAGUGACAGGGUCCGCCCUCCUCAAGUACGCCCGGCCGGUGUUGCCGCAAUGGGUCGGCAUCCGGACAAUACUCGGGGGCCGGUCCGUUAUCACGCACUAUGCCGACCUGCCGCCGGGCUACGAAGACCAGGACGGGUUGCCCUUUGCCAAAAAUGAUCUGACAGCGAGUGAGAUAUUUGCCAUUUUUGGGUCGUUGAUGAGCACAACCGGGGGCAACGAGCUCCUGCGGAUCCUCCACGGCCGGCGCGUCGCCGGAACGCUCGACGAUCCGAUGCUUCGGGUCAACACGAGGGUGUAUUCAAAGGAGCAGCAGAAUAUCGCCCUCGCCUAUCUACGCGAGCAUGUGCCCGUGGACGAGAUCGCCAACGCGGGUCUCCGGGCCGAGGAUGAACUCGCGGCCCUCGAGAAUGGCGGCACGGCGGUACGCGCCGAGGAAACAGACAGCGAUCCGUUGGAGAAGGCAACCAAGUUCAGGCUUUACGGAGAGAGAGAAGAGUUACGAAAGAAGAGCGUGUACGGACGGAGCGCACUCGAUGCGAUUCGCGAAAGGAAUAAGGCAAAGUGGGAAGCGGAAAUGAAGCGGCGAGAGGAAGAGAAGAAGAAGCAGGUAGAGGAACGGCACAAGGUCGGGCCGAUGCAGGUUCUUACUGACGACCAGCCGCGGCAGCUGAGCGCCAAGAUGCAAGAGUACAUGAUUAGGGGCCAGUCUGACCUCAAGGAGCCGCCCCAGAUGAAGUUGUGGCAGCGCCUUCUGCCGUCUGCGGCCGUCGUGCUUGCCCUGACUGGGCUCUGCGUAGCGUACGCCGAAUUCUACCAGCCGGCCAAGCGGGCAGCCAGGUGGUUUCCGGAUAUCCCUCCGGCAGCGGUCACAGUCGGCGCGCUGAUAGCGCUCAACGUGGUGGGUUGGGGGCUGUGGAAGAUCCCGCCGUUGUGGCGGCUCCUGAACCAGUACUUUAUUGUGGUGAUAGCCACGCCACGGGCCUUGACCAUGCUGAGCGCCAUGUUCUCGCACCAGUCACUCCUGCACCUCGUUCAGAACAUGUUUGUUCUAUGGUUCUUGGGCGUGCGCUUUCACGACGACGUCGGGAGAGGCUCCUUCCUAGCGACAUAUUUCGCGUCGGGGGCGGUGGCUGCCUUUGGGACGCUGAGCUGGGCGGCGGUCACAAACCGGCUGACGAUUACGUCGCUAGGAGCAUCCGGGGCGAUCUACGGCGUCGGUGCCGCAUACCUCUGGCUGCACCGGUUUGAGGGGUUCCGUAUCUUGGGCCUGCCGCCGCCGCCAAGAGAUGGCGUUGAGGGGCUCACGCUCCUAGCCUUCGCGACGGCGCUCAACAUCGGCGCUGCCUUCACCUCCAGGCGCAACACGAUGGAUAUCACGGGGCAUCUAGUGGGCUUGUGCAGCGGUGUGCUUGCUGGCCACUUUAUUGAGAAGAAAAGGGCGGCUAGGUCGGGGAUAGCCCGCCCAACUAAGGUGCCGGUUGCUGCCAAAUGA